GCAUUCGGCUCAUCGAGAUACUCGCGACUCCCAACAGAAGUGAAGCUGAAGUUAGUUUCUCCUUUCGUUUGAGUUGCGUUGGAGUAGAUCAAGCGCUAUUGAGGGGAGGCUCAAAUUACGUAAAGUUGCGAGAUCAGAUCUCAGGCACCGGGCGCGAUUUUCUUCAGCAGAAAAAAAAUGGUUUUUAUCUAGCGCAUUUUCUAAACGUUUGACCCAAUUGAAACAAUUCAGAUUUUUCUGAAAGACCACAAACAAAUUAGUUCAACUGGUAAUUUAUUUAUGAAACAAGCGUCUAUUUCCAUGUUUAAGUGUUGACACUUUAGUGUUCCAUAAUGUGCGAACUGACGAAAAUAAUAUACGUGUGGCUGGUUGGAAUUGGAUUACUCACAGUGGGUGUUUGUGGACGAGGCGAGCUUUAUGAGAAAAUAGCUUACUUCUGGCAUAUAACGGAUAUUCACUAUGAUGGACACUUCAAUUCCUACCAAGAUGUAAAGAAAGGUUGCUGGAGACCGAGUUAUGAUGGAAGUUCCAACGCAAGAGGUCAGAGAGGACCAUUAAGUCAAUAUGGUGAUUAUAGCUGCGAUUCUACGUGGGAACUUAUUGAAUCAGCUGCCAAAAUGAUGAUGACCAGACAAAAUGAAAACGUGGAGUUCGUGCUUUGGACAGGGGAUGCAUUAUCACAUCAAGCAAUGCACCACCUAAAAGAGGGGCGACAAAUGGAAAUGACGCAAAAAGUAACGGAUUUGCUCAGAACAACAUUUUCGUCUCAAUUUGUAUUUCCGGCAUUAGGACAUGAUGAUCCAUCUGCCAGAAAGGAAUUGGGCAAAAUGUGGAGUCAGUGGCUGCCUACCGACGCCAUGAGAACAUUUGAAAUGGGUGGCUACUAUAUCAUAGAGAGGAAAACGCAAAAGCUGCAAAUCGUAGUAUUGAACACCAAUUUGAUGAAGCAUGACGACGACGAUGAAAAUUCAAGAAAGCAAUGGGAAUGGCUGGAAAAAGUCUUGGAAAAAUUCAAAAGAAAUGAGGAAACGGUAUAUCUUGUUGGUCAUGUUCCUCCAGGCUCAGAUGAAAGACACAGAGGCCAAUCUAGUCCUGCCCAUACCAUAAUGUACAAAAGCUACCACAACAAACGAUACUUAAAAAUUGUCAGAAAGUACCACUCAAUAAUAGUCGGCCAGUUUUUUGGCCACCUACAUUCUGAUACCUUUAGAGUAAUGUACUCAGAAAAUGGUCGACCUAUAUCUUGGGCAAUGUUGGCUCCUUCGAUAACUCCGAAAAGGACACACGAUGGACCCAAUAAUCCCGGCCUAAGGAUAUAUAAAUUUGACAAGUAUUCUGGAGAGGUUUUCGACUACACCCAGUAUUAUCUCGACCUGUCGACUGCCAACAACAACGGAAAAGCGGAUUGGGUAGUCGAGUAUAACUUUAGCACUUACUACGGAAUUAACGACAUAACUCCGUUAAAUUUGCAUACUCUAGCAGACAAGUUUACGCAAGAGACCUCGACGGAGAACAGCGUUUUUAAUAAAUACUACAAAGCCAAUUCAGUUCGUAUCCAUUCAAGAUCUUCAGCAAAUUGUGACGACGUUUGCAUACAUACGCAUUAUUGUGCAAUAACUCGAAUUGAUUACGAUGAACAUAAAGAGUGCUUAAAAGUUGAUGCAAGUGCUCUUUCUUCCUCCUCACUCUUUCUUCACUCCGGAAGAAUAGUUAGUCUAGUUUUGCCUUUAAGUAUAACGUUAAUUUUUAACGCCAUAGUUAGAAAAACGUUGGUGUAAUAGCAAAGUAGUGGCUUGACUGUGUGUAAGUUGGGUGGAUAAUGGAAAUUUUCAUACUUUUGUAUAAUUUGAAUAUGACUAUGCUGGUUAUUAAUCAUAAGCUCAAUUAAAUAAUCUCAUAAAAUCGCGUAACAAUUUAGAGCUUAUGAAAAUGAUUAUUUUUAUAUGGUAAAACUACUGUCCUCAACAUCAUCCGCUACCUUAAUUUAUGAUAAACUCAAGAAAUAUUUCUAGAUAUUCUCAAUUGCACGGGUAUGCCAAAAUCUCAACAAAAUUACUCAAUCUUAAAAUCCAAAAUUUUGAAUGCAUUUUAUUCAAACAUCAAACUAUGCAUUUCAAAAUCGAAAAACUAAAUGCAUCCGAUUAGCGUAACCUUAAACUAAACUAUUAAUGUGCUACUAGUUAAGCUCUAUUCGAUUUCUUGUAAAUAUAAUGUUAAGAACUAUGAACUAAGUCCUGGUUUCCAAGCGGCUUCAGAACAAAGCAAAAUAAUAUUAUAAUAAAUUAACUAAAACUGUUAUUAUAGGUAAUGUUGGCCUGUAAUAACAGCAAUUGUAAUUAAUUAAGGCGCAUUGUAUAUUAUUGCAUGGAAAUCGUUAAAUUAAUCCCAACCAAAAAGACGCUAAUUAUGCCUUCAGUCUUUGAAACCAUGACCUAAAGCUUCAUUAUGUAAAUUUUGAUAUGGCUGUGGUUUUUUGUACCUACUAAAUUGAUAAAGAUAUUUAGUGUAACAAAAUAUAUUGUAAUAAGUGUAGGCUUUAAUCGUACGUCUAAAAUCUAUUUAUUGAAUUGUAUAGAAGUAUUAGGGAUAUAUUUACGCCCCACUUAAAAUUGUGUUAAUUUCAUAUUCCACUUGUGUAAGUCCAAACCAGUUUUAUGCAUUUAAUUUUUUUCUACCUAAAGAAAAAAGUUACAAGCAUGAAGAACCGCAGCAAAUUGCAAUUAGCAACAAAAUUAUUUAAUGCAAAUUAUAAGAUAUUUGACUUUAUUUCAAAAAUGAUAACUAUAUAGAAUAGAGUUUAGAAUAUUCAUCAUUUAGAUAAGAAACAUUUACUCAUCUGUGAUAAUUUAUUAUUGUAAAAUGGUCCAAUAAUCCGAUAUUGGUUUUUGUGUAAUAUUGGUUAAGCAACGUUAUACUGGAAAGAUAGUUGCUUUUAAUUAUUUGUAUUGAGCAGUUUCGUUUAGGUACAAUAGUAGGUACAUGUUUAAAAUAAAUAAUUGUUAAACAGAAUCUCCCAAUAAUAAAAAUGUAUAUUAAUUGUCA